GAAUUGUGCUCUAAAAUGUUUGCUCUCUCUCUUCCCUACCCCUUUUUAUUCUUGUGCUUAGGUGAUUGCCAGCUGCAAACACCAUGUCGAAUCCAAAAGUGCACCACAGACUUUGUGUCAUUAACUUCACAUCUCAACUCUGCUCUUGAUGGCUUUGAUUUGGAGUUCUGCAAAGCCCUGCGGGCAUAUUCUGCCUGCACCUAUCGUAAUUCCAAAGUCUGUCGUGGAAACCUCGUUUAUCAUUCCGCUGUGCUAGGGAUCAGCGACCUCAUGAGCCAGAGAAACUGCUCCAAGGAUGGGCCAACGUCAUCUACUAACCCUGAAGUUACCCAUGACCCCUGUAAUUACAGUGGCCGCUUAGGAACCAGAGAACUUCGGGGAGGGGAGCAAACUCCUUCUUCUGACCUAUUUUGUGGCUUGUUUGGUGAUCCUCACCUUAGGACUUUUAAGGAUCACUUUCAGACAUGCAAAGUGGAAGGUGCCUGGCCUCUCAUAGACAAUAACUACUUAUCUGUGCAAGUAACAAAUGUGCCUCUGGUCCCAGGAUCCAGUGCUACUGCUACAAAUAAGAUAACGAUUAUUUUUAAAUCCUACCAAGACUGCACAGAUCAGAAAGUGUACCAGGCAGUGACUGAUGACCUACCGGCAGCUUUUGUAGAUGGCACAACAAGUGGUGGUGACAGUGACACCAAGAGCUUGCGCAUAGUGGAGAGUGUCAGUGGCCGAUGCGUGGAGAUGCAUGCCAAGUACAUUGGAACCACUGUGUUUGUGCGCCAAGUUGGACGUUACCUAACGCUGGCCAUUCGCAUGCCAAAAGAGCUAGCUAUGGCUUAUGAAGAAAGCCAGGACCUGCAGCUGUGUGUGAAUGGCUGUCCCUCAAGUGAGCGCAUUGAUGAUAGUGGUCACUUGCCUCUGCCCGUUAUGGGGCAGCUUCUUCCUCAUGUUUCCUCUGCUCAGCCCCGGUCCAUUUACACAGUGGAGAGUGCCACUACUAAAUGCCACGAGAAGAUGCUGGUGAAGGACCUCUAUUUUUACUCUUGUGUGUUUGAUCUGCUCACCACUGGUGAUGCUAACUUCACAGCAGCAGCUCAUAGUGCCUUGAAGGAUGUAGAGGCACUGCACCCUAGGAAAGAGCGCUGGCACAUCUUCCCCCAUAGUGGAAAUGGUGGCAUUGGCCAGAAUAGUAAAUUGCCUGUUAGUCUUGGACUUGUGUGCUUAAUCCUUGUUGCGUUUUUGUAGGUUUUUUUGGUCUAUAACAAAGUUUUAAAAUAUAUAUUGUCAUAAUAUAUUGAGUAAAGCUAAGAGUAUAUAUGUAUAUACCAUGUAUAUGAAGGGAUGUUUGUCUUGGGACACCCGCCAGAUUGUACAUAUUGUGGUGGUGUUUUUUUAUGUAUGUUGGAUGUAGUAUUCUUUGAUUGUAUCAAUUUGUUUUGCAGUUGGUGAAAUGUUUUAUAAUGUCCCUGCAUUGGGACUUCAUAGAAAGCACUUUAUUUUUUAUAUAUUAAAUAUUUAUGUGUGUAUCUGGGUAAUAUGUAUAAUACACAUGUACAUACACCACACCCAGUGCUCCCUCAAGUAUUAUGUGGUUUAGCCAACUUUCUAUGUAAAUGCUUUUUCUAUGUUUUCCUUUCAGUCCUUAAUUUCUUCCCAAAUCUAGCUGUCAUUCUCCUGUGAAUAUAGCACUAACUUCUUGUUCUCUCUAGGUAGAUCAUUCAGAAUUGAGGCUUUACUUUAUCCCUGAUAUAGCUUAUCCUUGCUUUCUCCUUCAGUGAAAAUGAAACUCCUCUAAUGACACUAAAAUUUAUCUAAUCUCACUCUGCAUUUAUACAGCAUUCGUGCUGUAGGUAGGACAGCCUUGGGGGUUUCUCUAGCUCAUUGGAGAUGUUAACUGCAUAACAUGAUACCAAAAUAUCACCUUUCCCUCCUAAUCAUAAUUUUAU